UAGGGUCAAAGACUAUGGUGGGGACAGAUCAUCCGAACAACAGAACCAGUGAUUCUGAGGAGGACAGCUUGACUGAAGCAGAUGGAUGGUAGAAAUGAACACAAGAAAGCCAAGAGCAAAUACGGUAGAACUGGAAGUGAUGGAGGUGCAGAAAGUGGCGAUGAUGAUUAUGACAUUGGUGAUGGCUGUGAUGGGGGCGACAAUGCCAAUGCCCUUCUGAUUAACGGUAGUAAUGCCAACACAGAGGGUGUAACUGAGAAUGCAAAUAUUAACCAGAACAAUAAUAAUAGCAACAAUGUGGAGUUUGAUGACGAAGAAGAGUGGACAAGCAGUGCCCCACAAGCAACUGGUAGUGUGCCUACAGAAGGUCUUGAAUAGUUCAUCAACACCACCUACAUCAAAAUUGGUGUCUCGUCUGUUUCCCAACUUGAAACCUAAACCCACCAAAGCACAAAUACAGCAACAGCAACGAUUCCAGCUGGCAUCCAAUUCAGCUAUGGGUGAUGGAGUGCAGUCCAAGGUCUUGAGAGAUAAGUUAGCUGAACUGGAGGCAGAAAUUGAACGGUUCCGAAAUGAGAAUGCUGCUCUGGAGAAACUCAGGCGAGAACGAGAGGAAGGUCUGGGUAAACUGAAGGAAGAGAUUACACGCUUUGACCGGGAGAAGACAGAGGAACUCAAGCGAUUAGAGGAGUUCAAGAUUCAGGAAACCAAGAAACUAAAACAGGAGCGCAAGCUGUUUGAGACGUAUCAGAAGCAGGUGCGAGCUAUGCCGGACAAGAAAGAACGUGAAGAGAUUGACAUGCUGAGAACACAGCUCGCAGAACUGCAAGAGGAGUUAAAAAGAAAAGAUGGCCGAUGGACAUCCAAUGUGACUCGCCUCAAAGCUCGAAUAUCGGAGCUAGAAACAGAAAAUACUGAGCUGCGUGAGGAGAUAAAGAUCUUGGAGCGCAGGCGCCUCCAGUGGGUGCAGACGCAAGGUGCCAAAAAUACUCAGGUACCUCCACCCAAACCUCAGGGAAGCAGCACACCUACUGACAUGGACAAGGGAACUCUUGUGAAUGGUAAUCACACCCCAGAUGUCUCCACUGCACAGUCAUUCAAACCAAAAGGUCACAUUACCACUUCUCAACCCACUACUUCAUUGCCAUUGGAGGUUGUAGCAAAUGGCACAGGAUAUGCAGGAAAGACAACAUUUGUGCCAGUAACACAGAACUCUGGAGGGGAGUCUGUACCUCGUGCCCAGCCUGCUACACCCUCAAUGAUUGAAGGGGUUUCCUCGUCAUCAAUGACUGGACAUCAAGGAGAAAGUACUGGCAUCCUGGCUAGACAGGGAAGUCUACAGAUACCUGCAGAACGACCUGGUGUUGAUAAAGGCAACAGGCAGUAUGAGGAAAAGCAGUACCCGGAUGGCAAGGUGGAGCAUGUGUAUAGCAAUGGGUCUAGAGAAGUCCUAUUUUCAAAUGGAACUCGCAAAGAAAUUUCAUCAGAUGGCCAGUACAUUGUUGUGUCCUUCUUUAAUGGAGAUAUAAAACAGAUCUUCCCAGAUCAGCGAGUGGUUUACUAUUAUGCUGAAGCACAGACAACUCACACCACAUAUCCGGACAAACUGGAAGUUCUUCAGUUUCCAAACAACCAGACAGAGAAGCACUAUCCAGAUGGAACCAAGGAAAUUAUCUUUCCUGAUCAGACAGUUAAGUAUUUGUUCCCCAAUGGUACAGAGGAGAGCAUAUUCCAAGAUGGCACCAUUAUGCGCAUUGACAAAAAUGGGGAGCGCAUUCUGGAGUUUCCUAAUGGACAGCGUGAGAUUCACACGCAGCACUACAAGAGGAGAGAAUAUCCUGAUGGGACUGUAAAGACCCUGCACAAUGAUGGGCGACAGGAGACUCGCUAUUCAACAGGACGCCUCCGUUUGAAAGACAAGGAUGGCAACAUACUGGUGGACAAAAUGUGCUGAAACUGUACACAUUACGAAUUGAUAUUGGGUGCUAUAAGGACUUUCAAGGCUUUAAUGUUUACAUCACUGGAAUGAGUGGAGCCACAAAUUGUUGAACUGUGGAAUAUCUAAUUGUCAUUUGGAUACUCAAUCCAUUUCCUGAUGAAGUCAUUUUCCACCAGUCCAAAGCCUUAAAGAACAAAAAUAAUGCCAAAUUGUGAAUUUUUCAUAGGAUAAUGAGUGCCUUUAUGAGGAUGUGAGCAAUGUAUUAUAGGUUCUUUUAAAGAAUGGUAAUGUUAAACAUGAAAUUUUGAUGUUUACGGUGGAAAAAAAAAACUGAGUUUAAAUGUGGAAUGUUUGAAUGGGUUUUCAUAUUUGCAACACAAUUACACAUCAGAUGCAACGUUCAUGACAUACAGACUUGUCCUUUGUUUUCUGAGGUUUGAGAGUGUUGCCAUUGUUACUAGCACAUCUACAUAUCUUCCUAUUGUAGAGGGAGGGGUGAAUAAUGAUCUACAAUUGGAGUGGACCCAGAUCUCUUUUGCUAAGGGACCCUACAAACCAGGGCUAAUCAAAAUUAAAGCAUCUUUGCCAUCUUCAGUUCUUUUGAAGUUGAUUAAAGAUUUCUUUAUUCUAUUUAACUGACAAAAAACAAGUAUUUUAUUUCAUUUUGGUUUUUACCAGAAACAAGUCAUCCAAAUAUAGUGACUGCACUUCUUUUGCUUGGACAAAUUGAUCUUAGAAGCAACAAAAAGUAUAGAGCAAUCAUAGCUGCAUUUUUCAUAAUUGGUGCCCGACAUAAAAACUUUAAUGCUUUUAAAACCAGAGGAUAAUUUAAGCAUUUAAAGGGGGGGGGUUCCUUUACAGGAGACAAGGGACCCAUCAAUACAAAUACUUCCUCUUUUUUCCAUUCUGUAUCAAUUUGACAUGCCUUUACAGUGAGAUUUUUCUUUCGUCCACUAUUGCUGUCAGGGGCAUCUACUGUUUUGGAGGAAGGGGAGGGUGUGAGCGAAAAAUGAAAUAACGGUUGCUUUUGCUUAAUUUUCACCUUGCUUCCAAUCUCCUUGCAAAAAUCAAAUUACUUUUACUGUGGGCGCUUUAAUUUACUCCCUGGCAUAAAAAUUUAAAGCCGAUUAGGCUAACACUUUGUCCGUUUAUAACUUUGCUGGAAUCCUGCAACCUUGAAAAACCUCAGUACUUUACCUUAAUCCUUUUAUAUUUUUUCAACUGAUAACAUUUUCUUUUCAAACAAGAAAGCAAUUUCAGACUGGGUGGCCCUGUUAAAACUAGUUCUGUUUUAAUGCAGUUCAAAUUGAUCCGAAAGUAAGAAGUUUAAAAAAAAAAGGACACAUGUCCAACACCACUUUCUGAUGGCUCUUCCAACUAUUAAUCCACUUUUUAGACUGUGCUAGGCUCAAGCUAACUACAUAUACAUCUUUGGAAGUCUCAUGUAUCUGCAUGUUGGAAGUGUACAUUCCAUGCUGUGAAUCCGAAUGCUGAAAAAAGGAAAGAGAACUCAAGAUUUCCCGAGAUCUCAGCACUUUAUACCAGUGUAAGAAAACUUCAAGUGCAAACAGGAAAGUGGCUACUUUGUACUCUAUGCAGGCUUUGUUUGGAAUGAAGUGACUUGAGCACCCAGUGGAGGAAGUUUACUUUGCCUUCAAAUUUUAGCCAUUCAGUCAACAUUUGCCCAGAAUGACCCGGUUAUCUUUCUUUAAAAAGUGACAUUUUUAUUCCAAAAUUCAACACUGAAAUAGAUCUCCCACAUGAAAACCCAUAUACUACAGAAUACAGAACAAUCUGGAAAAACUUUCCUAGACCCAAAAAAAGAUGAUUUCAAUGCCAGCUUUGUUGUCUUAAAGCACCCUCACUUUCAUCUAAACCAGGGAUGCCCAACCUACGGCCCGCGAAACCUCUGCCCACAGUGCAGGAAAUCGGCAUGUUAGUAAUAAAAAAAAAA